UCCGUCCCCCGGGGGCUGGGGGGCUGAGCGUUAGCUCUUCCGACGCUUCCCUUCUCCUUUGGGGGGAGCCAGUGACAGCGGAUCAGGUCACGUGAACCGCGCAAAGCAAGUCCUCUCCAUCUAGAGCCUUCUCGACAUGGCUUUCGGGAGCAGGGCUGGGUCGGUCUCCUCCCUGCUGCUUUGCUGGCUUUCCUUGGCCUGGGAGAGCAGCAGCGCUUUGCAUACCAAGGGCUCGCUGCCCCUGGAUGUCAUCACCUUCUACAAGGUGAUUCCAAAGAAUAAGUUUGUCCUGGUGAAAUUUGACACCCAGUAUCCUUAUGGUGAGAAGCAAGAUGAAUUCAAAAAGCUAGCAGAAAGCUCAGCUUCCAGUGAAGAUCUGCUCAUAGCUGAAGUGGGAAUAUCAGAUUAUGGUGAUAAACUGAACACAGAGUUGGGUGAGAAAUACAAGCUGGAUAAGGAUAGCUAUCCUAUUUUUUACUUGUUCCAGGAUGGGGACUUUGACAGUCCCUUACCUUACAGUGGCCAAAUAAAAGCCAGUGCUAUUCAGCGUUGGCUGAAGAGUAAAGGCAUCUAUCUGGGAAUGCCAGGCUGCCUACAAGAAUAUGACAUCCUGGCAAGCAAAUUUGUGAGCACCACGAAAGAGUUAGAGCGUCAAGCUCUUCUCAAACAGGGGCAGGACAGUUUAGCAAAAGCCAAGGAAACAGAGAAGAAACGGGCUGAGCAGUACUUGAAAAUCAUGAGUAAAAUCCUGGAGCAAGGAGAGGAGUUUGCUGCUAAUGAAGUUGUCCGGAUCACAAAACUGCUUGAGAAGAACAAAAUGAGUGAUGGGAAGAAGGAGGAGCUCCAGAAAAGCCUAAACAUCCUCGCCUCUUUUCAAAAGAAGAAGAAUGAAAAAGAAGAGCUUUAACUGUCUGGAGAACUUUGUUCAAGCUUCAGGGGGUAGCCGUGUUAGUCUGUAUCUACAAAAACAACAAGGAGUCUGGUGGCACCUUAAAGACUAACAGAUUUAU